AUGGAGAAGCUGCAAUUUGCUGCUGAGAACACCGAUGGCUGGUUGUUGCCGGACUUCGACCAAGCUCAUACACCUCUUCUGGGUACAGAGAGAUUCGCCAACAGCGAGGAAGAUUGGGAGUAUGAAGAAAUCACACUUGAAAGGAGUGGGGCUGGUCUGGGAUUCAGCAUCGCCGGUGGCGUGGACAACCCCCACAUCGGCGACGACCCUUCCAUCUACAUCACCAAGCUGAUAGCCGGUGGAGCUGCUGCGGCAGACGGGAGACUCCAGGUGAAUGACAUCAUCGUGAAAGUGAACGACGUGAACGUGGUAGACGUCCCCCACUGUGUGGCCGUCGACGCCCUCAAGAGAGCAGGCAACACAGUCAGGCUGCUGGUGAAACGUCUCCGUUCGGUGCCCCGCCUCCUCCGCAUCGACUUGACUAAGGGAUGCCGGGGCUUGGGCUUCAGCAUCGCCGGAGGGGUGGGCAACCAGCACGUUCCCGGUGACGACGGCAUCUACGUCACCAAGGUCAUGGAAGGGGGCGCGGCGAACGUCGACGGACGUCUUCAGGUCGGAGACAAGUUGCUGGCAGUAGGGGAUGUGAACCUGGAACACGUGAGUCACGAGGAGGCUGUAGCCACCCUCAAAGCUACUGGGGAGCACGUGUCGCUGACGGUCGCCAAGACGGGCUGCCCGCCAGACUUCUUCACUAAUCAUUCAUCGCCACCCUCUUACAUCGAGGACGUUACGUCGCCAAUGGGGAUGCCGCUGUCGAAGUACGAGAGCGACACCCUCAUGAAUGCUCCUCUACCGAAAGUGGUCACGGACGAGGAUUUCACACGCGAGCCCCGCAAGGUGAUUCUGAACAAGGGCUGUACUGGCCUCGGGUUCAACAUCGUUGGCGGGGAGGACGGCGAGGGCAUCUUCGUGUCCUUCAUCCUCGGUGGAGGACCGGCGGACCUGUCCGGGGAAUUGAAGCGGGGAGACCAGAUACUCUCGGUGAACGGCGUGGACCUACGGCAGGCGACACACGAGCAGGCGGCGGCAGCCCUCAAGGGAGCCGGGCAGACGGUGACCAUGGUCGUGCAGUACAGACCUGAAGAAUACAACCGCUUCGAGGCAAAGAUCCAUGAGCUGAGGGAACAGAUGCUCAACACCUCCGGAAGCCUGCGGACAUCUCAAAAGAGGUCGCUCUUCGUCAGGGCUCUCUUCGAUUAUGACCCAUCCAGGGACAGCGGGCUGCCGAGUCGCGGUCUGGCAUUCCGAUUGGGGGAUGUGCUGCACGUGAUCAAUGCCUCGGAUGAUGAGUGGUGGCAGGCCACCAAAAUCCUCCCCAUGGGGCGGAGUGACGAGGGCAUCGGCAUUAUUCCCUCGAAGAGGAGAGUGGAGCGCAAGGAGAAGGCUCGUCUCAAAUCCGUGAAAUUUCAGGGGAAGAGUAACGUCAACGACGGCAAGAAUACUCUGGACAGAAAGAAAAAGAACUUUUCUUUCUCUCGCAAAUUUCCCUUCAUGAAGAGCAAAGAGAAUGCCGGGGAGGACGGCAGCGACAUCGAAAGGGAAGGAUCACCCACUAAAGAACUCAAUAUUUCCAACACAAGCGACCCGGAGACCAGCAGCUUACGGGGCACGGAGGAGCCAGUCCUAUCGUACGAGGCCGUCGUACAACAAGAGAUCUCGUACGCGCGCCCCGUCAUCAUCUUGGGACCUCUCAAAGAUCGGAUCAACGACGACCUCAUCUCGGAGUAUCCAGACAAGUUCGGAAGCUGCGUGCCGCAUACGACGCGUCCGAAGCGAGAUUACGAGGUGGACGGCCGAGACUACCAUUUUGUCCCAUCCCGAGAGCAAAUGGAACGGGACAUCCAGGGACACCUGUUCAUCGAGGCCGGACAAUACAACGACAACCUCUACGGGACCAGUGUCCAGUCGGUGAGGGAGGUCGCGGAAAAGGGCAAGCACUGCAUCUUGGAUGUGAGUGGCAACGCCAUCAAGAGACUACAGAUGGCAAGUCUGCAUCCCGUCGCCAUAUUCAUCAAACCGAAAUCCGUUGAAUCCAUCAUGGAGCUGAACAAGAGGAUAACGGAAGACCAAGCACGGAAGUCGUUCGAAAGGUCUCAGAAAUUGGAACAGGAAUUCGCAGAAUAUUUCACAGGUACGUUUAUGAAAAUCGACCGAAAAAAGAGUUUUUCCUUGGUAUCAAUUUCUGAUGGUGUUGGAAAAGUAGCAAUAAAAUUUAUGAAAGGAAAUUUUACCCUAUUAAGUUGA